AUGGAUGGUUUCCAGGCAUACGGGGCGGGGAAGGCAGGCGGAGCUUUUGACCCUCUGACCUUCAUCAGGCAGCCGCAGACGGUGGUCAGGAUCCUCUGCUGGCUUUUCUCCAUCGUGAUCCUGGGUUGCAUUGCUAACGAGGGCUACGUCAACCGACCUGAGGAGAUCGAGGAAUACUGCAUUUUCAACCGCAACCAGAACGCCUGCAACUACGGUGUCGCCAUGGGAACACUGUGCUUCCUGUGCAGCACCGCUUUCUUGGCGCUGGACGUUUAUUUCCCCCAGAUCAGUGGCGUGAAGGACCGCAAGAAAGCCGUCAUGGCCGACAUCGGGGUGUCAGCUCUGUGGUCUCUCGUCUGGUUCGUGGGCUUCUGCUUUCUGGCCAAUCAGUGGCAGGUUUCUAAAGAAGAAGACAACCCUCUGAAGGAAGGAGCUGAUGCUGCCAGGGCCACCAUCGUCUUCUCCUUCUUCUCGAUGUUCACCUGGGCCGUCCAGUCCCUGCUGGCCGUCUACAGAUUCAAACUGGGAUCCGACUCCGUUACCUUCAACCAGGAAUACGUGGACCCAAACCAACAGGAAACUGUGGAGGCUCUGCCCACUGAUGAGUAGAACCUGCACAUUACCAGGUGUGGAGGCGGGGCUUGCACAGUGUUGCAUUCUGGGUAGUUUUUGUUUGAUGGUUAUUUUCAGUUAACAUUGUUGUGAUGUGUUCAAGGGCUCAAUACACUUUAAUGUUAAAAGAACAGAAAUUAAAAAACAACAUGAUGUUACCGUGUGAUGACCGUCCACCAAGGAGCGUGUCCUCUCAGUAAGCAGCCAAUCACAGUCCAGUACACCAAUUUUAAAUUCCCGUUCCAUUUUUUAGAGAAAACGUACAACACAAGCCAUUUUGUACGAACAAUGCUCGCUUUUUAGCAACACAAUCUUGCUAGCUGCCAAAUAUUAGCUGUGUAACCCACUUCUGGGUAUGUAUAUGUCGCUACCUAGGUUCGUAGGAGCUGGGAGUAAUGGUAACAGUCACGGGACACAGGCAUAUGUUGUUUUUGUGAACUUUAGUUAUAAAAACUAUUUAACAGUACACAUCAAAAUUACAGUACAAUACCUAUGGGCCCAAUAAACUAAGAAAGAAAAACAUAAAAUUUCCAUUUGAGGUAUUUCGCUUUAAGUAGUUCGUUGUGGAUACAAUCAGAUUUCAAGUCAAUAAGUCAAGGGAAUAGUCAAAGUCAAGGAAAGGUAUCCAAAUAGGCUCUCGUUGGUGUUUCUACGACAGAAUUUGCUGAAUGGUGUGGUGGUGGUUCAAAGUUCGACUGUGAGGCUCACCAUCAACUGGAUCGUUGAUCAGCCUUGUUGGACACAAGGGCUGGAGCUUCACAAUUUAAAAAAUUAUUUAUUUACAUCCCUUAUUAAGCCCACGAGGGGAAAUUCCGAUUUUCACAUAUCCCCCCAUCUGGGGGGUCAGAGCACAGGGUCAGCCAUGGUACAGUGCCCCUGGAGCCAUUAGGAGUUAGGUGUCUUGCUCAGGGACACCUCGACAUGAGCACAACAGAACAACCCUCCGGUUGCGAGACAGCCACUCUACCUACUGAGUUAUGCUGCCCCCAAUGAGACCUGACCUGACCUGACCUGUAUUUACAAAACAGGUCUGUAGUCCAUGUUGUAAUGCAGUAUCAUUCAAUGAGAUCUAUUCAAAGUGUUGUACAACAUUAAUAUUUAUCUUUUCUGUUAGGAAACAAAGUACUACAGUUUACAAAUCGAUAACCAUAGUUAUUUACAAAAUAAAUGUUUCACAGUGGCAGAGUAUACCAUUUUAACCUACUGUAACUACAACAAAGUGCAAUUGUGUGAUCACAUUUUACUAAUGAAUUCACUAAUCUAUAAAGCACACAUUACCCUUUAAGGUAAAGUCAAUAACUUGUACUCUUUCAUGUAUAUUGUCUCUCUUUUUAACCCUUCCGAGCAUAGGAUUUGAAAUUUUUAAAGAAAUAUAUGAAUUACAUUGCUUUUAAUCAACAACUUUAACAUAAAUUACAGCUUUGCUGCUUUUAUCAAUCUUAGUUGACUUAAAAUUACAUUUUAUCUUUCUGCUGAUCAUGGUUUUAACCUUCAGUGACAUAUCAAAAGUAACUAGGCACUUCACAGUGUAAAAGUCUCACAGUGUGCUUAUUUUAGCAAUGUAGGAAGGAUUACCAUGAAUUUUCAAGUGAAACUGCCAAAUAAAUGGUCUUUUAACAUUACAUUCUUCAAAAACAACAUAAAAUGUGCAAUUCACAGUAGCAUUGUAGCUCGCAUGGUCACCGCGUGGUAUUUUCACAUACACACUGAUUAGAAAACAAGCAGAUGCUAGCUUACCAAGAAGGUGUUUUUUAUUUGGAGAAGGCAGGGCGAUUAAAAGUGUGUCUUCAACGGUUCUCCAACUUCUAAAACGGAAUUUCAAUCAGUUUAUAUAAUCGACUAAGUAAUUUAUUGGUUUUUCGUGCAAGACGAGCAGUUUUUCAUAUCCUUUUCUCUCGUUUUCAACUCUCACGGCAGCAGCAUUAGCUAUGUUACGCUACGUCGAAUGUUUAAGCGCACUACUUCCCGUCUCAUCCAAAUAAAGUUCCGGUUUUCAAAAUAAAGCUCACAAUAUGUAAGUGAAAAUAACUAAUGAUCCAAAAUUAAUAAAAUUAUUAUUUAACCCUUCUUUAGGCGGGUUACAGCUUGUUAUCAAUAAAGUGUUGCUAGCAGGUUAGCUGAUGCUAGCCUUUAGGAAAAUAUUUGGAUCUUCACCUGUCAAUCAUUAGCUCUCUAGCUAACUUUAGCAUAACUUCUGCACUACUCGUCAAAAGUUUGGACACACCUUCUCAUUCAAUGCUUUUUAUUUAUUUGUAUUAUUUUCUACAUUGUAGAUUAGUACUGAAGAUUAACACUUUUUUUGUUUACAACGUAAUUCCAGAUGUAUUCUUUAGUAGUUUUGAUGUCUUCAGUAUUAAUCUACAUUGUAGACAAUUAUUAAAUAAAAACCACCGAAGAAGGUGUGUCCAAACUUUUGACUAUAGUGUAGUUGUGUGACUGGUAGUGUACAUAAAAGCUUAGCUAAUCAGCUAACUGUGCUUGCUAAAGAUCAGAUUCGUUCCAUAUGUGUGGAAUUAAAAAGGAGACGUCAUCUUGUUUCAUUCACUUAUUCAGAUUAAAGAACUGUUUGUUUUCCAACACGAUAAUCUGCUCUUUGUUUUUCAGAAUGUUUCUAAGAAGAAGCUCUAAAAACAUAUUAACAUGGAGCUGCAGCGCCACCUGUUGGAGCAGUAAAUCUGCAUCACAAUGUGGCUCGUGCUUGUCAUUUAAAAACCGCAUGUUGAAUUUUUACGUACAUGGAAGUCAUGUGAGCAAACCAGACGGCUAUCAUUUCUGAGUUCUUCACAUCAGACACUGGAUUCUGAUUGGCUGCGACACUAAUCAUCAUCACUUUAAGGUGUUUGGGUUCAAUGGUGCUGUUCUGUUUUUUAUCCUUUAGUCUCAGUGUGUGUGAACAGAGAAACUGACUGUUUGUGUGUUUGUCUGAUAAUAAACAAAUAUUUACUCUCUG